GAGGGCAUAGCGAAGAGUGGAUGUGCGAUGCAUGAUUCCCGCUGCCAGGGCUUGCCUGUUCGCACGAGGCACCGCGAACUUGUAUCACCAUAGGAACCUCUUCAUACGGAAGAUGGAUAUCCUGAAAACCGGUUGGUUAGUCUGGUUAGUGAGUUCUGAACGGGCGAACGAUCAAAUUGCGUACAAUACUGUACCGCAAGCUUCCAGAAAAUGGGCUCCAAUCAAGGGUGGACGUGACCGGGUAGGGAUGAUACCCUUGCCUUGUUGCAACGUCCCGCUCUAUUGCUGUACUGGGUACCUUUUGACGACAUUGCGCCUAAACCGCUAUGGGUAGGAAUUUUCUGGGGUUUACUGCUGGCUGGUCCCCCUCUAGGCAAGCUGGGAUUAAAUACUAGGGGCUCAACGAUUCUGCGCCGCUUCUGCAGGUGUGUACCAUGUGGAGGAAAGACAUAACCGUCAAAUCUUCCCAUAUUUCCUACGGUUUCCUGUCUUAAUACAUGAUAAGCUCGUUCCCGUGCCUUGCAGUUCGGAUACCCUCUCAUCUUUUUUUUGUCCGAAUCUUUGUCCUGCACGGCGUCCUGGGUAAAUACUUCGUCAUCGAAGUCGUAUGCUUCUCUUGGUCCCGGUUACACGGCCUCAUACGAAAACGUAGCAAGCAUAUCGUCUAAUACAUAAGCGAGACCGCCUGUGGUCGUUUCCGCCCGUUGUGGUGCCCGGUGACCCGUUGGUUUGGAAGAUGUCGCCGUCGUCUACGGGAGACUCACCUCUUUCCGCCAGCGCAGCGAGUAAUUCGGGACGGCCUUUUCCAUUGGCUUCGAGGGAGACUUUCUCGAUCGAGGUCCCUUCGCCGCAGCUUAACCCGGUCACCAACGGCUCAGCACUAAAAUCCCCGACCUCCGCUAAGGCUCAGCGCACUACGAGUUUCAGCCGUGAGGGAAUAUUAGGCUCGGCACAGAAGGCCCGAAAUCUUUCACAGACGUCUGAAAUCCGUGCCGAGCCAACUACCAAUGGCAUGUCGAAAGCACCGAGCGACGAAGGGGCAAACCCGCUAAAGAGGCGGAACACAGAUGCGACUGUUGACUACCCCCGGAGACGGGCCACCAUUGCGUGCGAAGUCUGUCGCUCCCGAAAGUCGAGAUGUGACGGCACUAAACCGAAGUGCAAGCUCUGCACGGAGCUUGGAGCUGAAUGCAUAUAUCGAGAGCCCGGAAUCAAGCUUGACGCUGGCGACAAGCUCAUUCUCGAGCGAUUGAAUCGAAUUGAGAGUUUACUUCAAAUUAAUUUGGCGAACGGUCAUCCGAACGCCAUACAGAUUGCACACGAUUCUCCACCCAUAAGCAAUGGGACUGCUCUUAGCGGUGAGAAUGUCAUGAUUCAGAACUCCUCUGGAAGUUUCGUCUCAAUAAUACCGAGCGGUGGUCUAGGAACGUGGACCAGUCAUCCCCAGGGAACCAACAUCUCUACGAUGCCAAAAGUCCAUACAAACGCGGCAUUGCAUCUGCUCCAAUGGCCGUUGAUUCGAGAUUUGAUCGGACGCCCGUACGAUCCGCAAAUCAUCCUACAACUCGAGAUGGCACGUGAGCCGCUUCACUCACUGGCCAAGACACCUUGCGUCGAUUUAUCGAAUACUAAUGCUUACAUCGAGGCCUAUUUUGACAGGGUGAAUGUAUGGUAUGCUUGCGUUAACCCUUUCACUUGGAGGAGUCAUUAUCGGACGGCACUGUCGACGGGCUUCCGCGAAGGCCCGGAGAGCUGUAUCGUGCUGUUAGUACUUGCUUUGGGCCAAGCAAGCUUGCGCGGCAGCAUAUCGAGGAUCGUGCCCCAGGAAGACCCUCCGGGUCUACAGUAUUUUACGGCUGCGUGGUCACUCUUACCUGGCAUGAUGACCGCUAACAGCGUACUAGCUGCUCAGUGCCAUCUACUGGCUGCGGCAUACCUCUUCUAUCUAGUAAGGCCGUUGGAAGCCUGGAAUUUGUUGUGCACCGUAAGCAGCAAAUUGCAACUCUUACUCAUGACGCCAACUCGCGUGCCGGAUGACCAAAGAGAACUCCUGGAACGAAUUUACUGGAACGCUCUCCUUUUUGAGAGUGAUCUACUCGCAGAGCUCGAUCUGCCUCAUUCGGGAGUAGUUCAAUUUGAAGAAGGCGUGGGACUUCCUGGCGGAUUUCAAGGGGAAGAGUCGGAAGCGGUUGGACGGGAUGAUCUCUGGUACUUUUUGGCAGAGAUUGCUUUGAGGAGGCUCCUCAAUCGAGUCAGCCAGCUUAUCUACUCGAAGGACUCCAUGGCCUCAACCACCAGUCUUGAGCCCGUCGUGGCGGAGCUAGACUUUCAGCUCACGCAAUGGUACGAAAGCCUCCCUCUUGCUCUCCAGUUCCCGUUCACCCGUACGACCCUACCGGACCCGGUGCAAACGGUGCUACGAUUACGUUUCUUUGCUUGCCGAACCAUUAUCUACCGUCCAUAUAUCUUGGCAGUGUUGGAUAACGAGCAGGCCGUAUUGGACCCCUCAGUGCGGGAGAGCUGUCACAAAUGCCUCGAAGCCUCAAUCAGGCAAUUGGAGCACAUAUCUGCACAUCACGCCGGCCAUAUGCCCUACCUUUGGCAAGGCGCGCUCUCUAUUGUCUCACAAACGUUAUUGGUUAUGGGCGCUACCAUGUCACCUUCUCUAUCCAACAUCUUAUUGACGCUCGUCCCUCACCGUGAAGUCAUUGAUCAAAUCAUCAAUGACGUAAUUAUGGACAUCGAGAGGAUGGCUAUACUGGCUCCAAGCCUUGCCCUAGCUGCUGAAAUUAUUAAGGAAGCUGAGGUCCGGAGGCGAACAUUCUUGAAUGGAUGACGGGUUUGAUCGGGAAUGACGCAGAAGAUCAAGUUUCAUGGACGACAUGUCCGGUCCGAAUGCUUUGGGGGCCCCACGACGACGACGAUCUCAUGCCCCGUCCUUGACUCGGCAGUCCGCCACCUGCACGCUUGCAUUGAAAUGUCAAAUUUUACGAUGUCAUAUCUACCCGUUGUCUGGGCCGGCCUGUUCGCGUAUCUGAGAGCAGGUGCAGGCACUUGCAGAAAGGUGCUAUCCAGCGUUUUCGGCUAUGCUUGAAAUGCACCGUCUCUAUUGCACGAGGACUUCUCCCGGGGAAUGCAUGCUGCGGUACGACGCUCAAUCGGGGAUGUUGUGGGAAUGAACUUGGCGGCGACUAACAGUCGGAUCCUUUCAGCCUUGUCGGGUCUCUAGGGAUCAAGUCCCUCCGUGGCUGAUUUCUUAGAUGAUUGACAAGCUCCCAGGAACAAGGCCGACAGAGAGGCCUCGGAUGUCUAGAGUGGCACACUCAUGCGCUUUGGCAGCACUACAAUGCUCUGGGGUUGCAUUCUGGGGUUGAACCGGCGAAGCUGGUUGGCCGGGGGAACUCUUGGUCUGGGGAUGGCUAGGCUCUGCGGUCCGGACUCCCGUCAACCCUGUUCACAAUAAAAUUCCCUAUUCCUGGAUCCGGAUGGUCGGACACCACGACAACCACCAAAUGUUUUCAUGUUCAGCACAAUUGGAGAAAUGCCUGUUGAUAUUCCCAUACGUUGC